CUUGCUCGAAAUAAUUUGAAGCAAUCAUCAUCGUAAUUAAUAGUAUAGUAGGCUAUAACAUCGAUAAAAAGGAGCUUUGGUGGUUCUUAAAACAAAAGCUGCUUCUUGAAAUGUUCCAUAAGGUAAAAACUUUGUAGAGCUUGCGUGUCAUUAUUUCGAUCGGCUUUACUUUAAGUGGUAGAUAAAAAUAACCGGAAUCGAAACAAAGAGAUAUUUUCAAGGAAAUAGCAGGAAUGAAGAAAACUUUUAUUGAAGUACAGAAACUACUGUUAAAACUGAGCAUUAUUUUCUUGAGUUAAUUAUUUCUAGAUGCUGUGAAAUAUUGAACCAUAGUUCGGGCGUUUUUAACUACCGGAGAAUAUUCAGCGAACUAUUCAGACUGUUUUACUGCUCUGAAUUAUUCGAUUUGAAAGUUCGAUCGGACAAUGAUAGUAGCGAUUUGAUGGCAGCGAGUGAAGCCGUUUGGUUAUUGGCCGACUGGGUUAAAACUCUUAUAAAAUUACAUUACUUCGAUGAAACACGACAUAAUAUUAACAACGUUUAUAAUCACUCGAAAGUGAUAAAAAAGUUUUGUGAAAUUUUUAAUUUUUUAAACCAAGAAUUUGUAACUAAUUUAAAAAAAUCAUUGAUAUUUUUGAUAUUCGGCCUCUGUCUAUUAAUUUUUCUUUCAACAACGGCAUUAAUGAAAUGAGUACAAACAUUAUAAAUGAAAAAUUAAGCGUUUAAUUCGAAGCGUGAAUGAUAAUUUGCCACAAAAAAUAGAGAGACAAAAUAUAUUCGUAUAGUUAAUUAUCAGUCAUGAUCAAGAUAAUUAACAAUACUUCAAUCGAGAGCCAUCGACGAUUUCUCGACAAAAGUAUUGCAAUUCUAAGGUUCUCGGGAGUAUUAAGCUACGAUACAUCCGCGACAGGGCAUCUAAGAAUUUUCACCAUUUUCAUGAGAGUUUUCAGUAACAUUAUUGUAAUUUCUUACGUAUUGACCAUGUUAGCCGAUGCUGUAGUUAAUUGCAACGAUUUGAUGAUAUUCGUCUCCGACGGCUGCUUCAUUGCGGGAUGGUUCAUAGCGUAUUCGAAAGAGGCAGCUUUUUACCGGAAAAGGCACCGAUUUUUGGAGUUUAUUGAUAAUACUCAUCGCCCUGUAGAUGUUCUACGGCAAUCAACAGACUUAGCCCUGCUACUGGAUGUAAAAGAGUGUAUGUUAUACGAAGCUAUCGAUUACUAUUUAAUGUCAUUGUUCGUGAUAGUCCUUGGAUCGGCAAUAAUAAUUUCAUCGCUUAUCUUGGGAAAACUACCGAACAGAGCAAUAUUUCCUUUCGAUACAACUAUUCCCGUCUACUACCGACUGGCGUUUUUUAUACAAGCAUACAAUACGGUUUAUCAUCUAAUUGUUUUGGUAACCAUCGAUUUCAUAAGCUGGCAACUGAUGCGGUACACUACACUACAAUUAAGAGUCCUGUCGUUCAACUACAUAAAUUGUAAGGGCGAUUCACUGAGACCUGUUGCUCCCGACUUGACCCGAGAAUAUAUUGGUGCUCUCAAAAUCUCUAGUGUGUUCAGCAUCGAUGACCAGCACAAGGAAAUUUGUCAAUUUGCAGCGUUUGAAGAGAGAGAAAUGACCAAUAUUAGCGUUAACUUCACUGAGAGAUUCAAAACUUGCGUUAAACAUCACCUGAGACUCAUCAGAGUUGUCAAAGACUUCAACGAUACUUUUAGUUUCUCGCUGAUGGUCCAACUGGGUGGAAGCUUACUAAUCAUUUGUUUGAACGGUUACAUGGUGGUAAUGUUUCCUGGUGACAGAGAUAACUUCAUUAGAUCUACCGCUUAUCUAUUGUCAGGUUUCAUCCAAUUGCUGUAUUGGUGUGCUUUUGGAAACCAGCUAAAAUUUCAAGCCGAUUUUCUGACGAAAAGCCAGUGGAUGUCAGGUUGGGAAAAUAGUUACGACAGAGGAAUUAAAAAUUUAGUAACGACAGCGAUGAUAAAAACUAUGCAGCCAUUAGAAAUCCGCGCUGGUGGUCUCUUUGUUUUAACAAUGGAGACCUUUCUUUCAAUUUUGAAAAGCUCAUACUCUGUUUUUGUGUUACUGACAACUGCAACCGAUUAAUCGUUAUACCUAGUGCUUGAAAUUUAUUAUUCAACACAUUUUGUAAUAUAGUAA